AUGAGUUGGCGAAGUAACCUUCCAGGCUCAUAUCCUGUUAAUCCUCCUACAUCUCCAGGAUUACUUAGAGAUCCCAAUUCUAAUGUCGUAGCGUCAAAGGUAUUAGAACAUGAUCUUUUAGAGGGAUUCGAAGAGAAAUAUAUCAUGAAUCAAAAGAGUAAACAUCAACUGAAUAUCUUUUCUCAAUUAGAUAAUCUAGUAUACAUAUUAGUAGGGUAUCAAUUUAUAAAAUAUGCACAUUCGGCAUGUCUACUACCAAUAUUAUUACAUAUAUCAUUACAGAAAGUUGUUGGUAAUCAAGUUGUACGAAAUAAUAGUAAUGGAAGAGUGGGUGGAAUACUAGGGUUAUUAAUGUUAGCCAAUGAUGAUGAUGAUAUUGAUCUUGAACUAAGAAAUCAAAUAAAGGAUAUAGUAAUGACAAAAACUUGUUCGGCCAUUUAUUGGAAAACUGUAUUUACCAUAUUUUAUCAUAGUUUAUUUAUUAUGGCAUGGGUAAUGCCUAUAACUAAUCAUAAUAGAUUAAGCCAAAUAGAACAUGGAACUUGGUGGUUUAUAUCAUUUAUUGGUGAAGAUACACCUAAUGAUAUUACAUCCACUUCCAGUUAUUGGACCAAACUAAGUAAAUUAGGAUUACCAGGUUUGAUUAUAACUGAUCUUAUUAUAUUAUUUAUACAAUUGGUACUAUACCAAUGCAUUUAUAAACAAUCUACAUAUUUAAAUCAAGAUAGAAGUAUAAAUGAAAGAGAAAUCUUUUUAGUUAGGGCAGUAGGUGAUUCAGGUAAAGCAGAUGAUAGUAUCAAUAUUCAUGCAGAGUAUCCUUUAGUAUUGAAAGUGAAAUUGUAUGAAUGUUUUAUGUCUGAAGCAUUUAUACCGGAUAUUCACCAGUAG